AUGGCUCAGCAUGAUAUCGAGGCUGGUAAGAUGCAGAGCAUGGAAGAGAUGCUAAAAAUUAAGAGCGGAAAAAAUACCGAGGGUGGUGAGUCAUCGAGCAAGGCAGAGGCGCCUGCUGAGAGGGUGACCAAGGAAGAGCUGCUUAAAACUAUGAGUGAAAAAAAUAUCGAGCUGCCUUCCGGGUUGGUGACCGACGAAGAGAAGCGUAAAAUUAAGAAGAUGUACGACGCCGCCAAUUUGGAGGCAUUAAGCUCAGGAGGACCGGAGCAUCGGGAACAGCAAAUUACUAAGGCUGAUUCAGCCAAUGUCGCAGAACUAUACAAAGCAGCAAUGAAAGGAAAAUGGAAAGAUGCUAAAGCCAUAUUUCGCAGGAAUGAAAAUGCAAAGACCACAAAAAUAUCCAACCUUGGCAUGACAGCCCUUCAUGUGGCGGCGAGCUGUGGGCAGUCGGACUUUGUGGUGCAAAUAGUCAAGACACUAACUAAGAAGCAGCUUGAAGCCACCGACCAAGUUGGCCGCACUGCUCUUCAUUAUGUGGCCUUAGCUGCAAAUGCGGAGGCCGCCGAAGCAAUGGUGAAGAAGAAUCCAGAUUUGCCUCACCUUGGGGAUUUACAAAACCUCACUCCCCUCUUCUAUGCUGCUAAAUGGCGACAUCCAGAACAAAGCCAGGAAAUGGUGUAUUACCUCCACCUAGUUACUGAGGAGAGAGAACCUUGUUACCCCUUCACGGGUGAUUCAGCUGCCGAUCUCAUUAUAGCAAUGACUGCUUCGGGGUCCUAUGAUACAGCCUUGUGUACGCUCAGGAGAUAUCCUCAAUUAGCUCUUCGAACAAAUGAUCAAAGAAUGUCCGUACUUCAUGCACUUGCAAUGCAGCCUUUAGCGUUUCGGAGUGGACAUAAACUUUCUAUAUGGGAAUCCUGCAUCUAUGAAUUAAUAAGGGAGGUGUCCAAGAUAAAGGAAAGGCACCUGCAAGCACUUGGAAUUGUAGAGUUUGUCUGCGAGCAGUUAAAAAAGGAAGAAGAUACCAAUUCUGUUCAGGAAUACUUCAUCCCUGAUAAUCAUACCCCAAUCUUGCACUUAGCCAUAGAGCAAGGAGCUUUUAAACUUGUAGAAGAGUGUUUAAAUCAUUUUCCUGAUCUAAUUUGGUAUGCAAACAGAAAAGCCAAACUGUUGUUAUUGCACGUGGCCGUCGAGCAUCGCCAAGUGAAAAUAUUUAAUCACAUAAUAGAGUUGAUCGGAAAUAAUACAAAGGCCUUUGCCGAAUUACAAGCUGAUAAGGGAAAUAAUAUCCUUCAUUUGGCGGCAAAAUUGGCUUCUACAUCUCAAGUCGCUUCUGUGCCAGGUCCUGCAUUUCAGAUGCAGCUAGAAUUCCAAUGGUUCAAGGCCGUGGAAGCAAUAGUCUAUUACGAGUUAAGGAUAAAAAAGAAUGACGAAGGGAAAACUCCUCGAGAAUUAUUCUCUGAUACCCAUGAAAAGUUGCUAAAGAAUGCAAAGGGAUGGACGAAGGAUUUAUCAAACUCAUGCAUGGUGGUAGCUACUCUGGUCGCAACAGUUGCAUUUGCUGCUAUGAUCACCGUACCCGGUGGCAAUGAUAGUGAGACGGGCAUGCCAGUUCUGGCGAGGAAAAAACUUUUCUCAAUAUUUUCCAUAUCAAAUGCAUUAUCCAUGAUAUCCUCUGCAGUUUCUCUGCUUAUGUUCCUUUCGAUUCAAACAUCGCGAUACAUAGAAGACGAUUUUCUGGAGUCACUUCCCAAGAUUUUGUUCAGAGGUCUAGUUUUCUUGUCUAUUGCUGUAAUUACAAUGAUGAUAUCUUUUGGCACAACAAUUGGACUGUCACUUCAAUCAAGGCAAAAGUGGGCUUACAUUCCCAUCACCAUUGUGGCCUGUUUCCCUGCCGUCAUCUUCUUCUGGUUGCACCUUCCUUUGCUUUUACGAACGGUCCUUUUCCAUUCUCGACCAGGCAUGUUUGGGGGCUACCAUCUAUUGGCAGAUGACAUGGCUUGA